AUCCCAACUCCUGUACCCAGAGCAGGGGGGCCCAGGCCCUCCGUGUUUAAACCCCACCUCCUGUACCCAGAGCCGUUUGCUGUCCCGGGCCGGCCCACUACUCUCCCCACCGGCUUCCAGGCUCCACUCUAUCUCACCAUGGAGAGCCGCAGUGUCUUUUUAACGUGUUGUCUAAUUCCACUGUGCAUAAUAUCAGAGAUCAGCAGUCAGGUUAUCUCCGAGCCGUAUGACUUUCUGUUCGACACGGCGGUGGACGCAUAUUACAAGAACGACUGGAUCUCGGUGAUCCUCAACAUGGAGAAAGCGCUGAGGAACAACGCUGCUGUCCGGAAGGCGAAAGUACAGUGUCGGAUAAGCUGUGCGAACCAGACCACUUUCGGCGAACCCACGGCGGGCCUGGGUGAUCCCACACCCGGAGCUGAAUCCGUGGAGGACCUCGUCUUCUUCCAGAAGAUCUUAAAACGAGCCGAUUGCGUGAAUUCCUGCGAGACGGAGAAGUUGGGCCCAGCGACUCUGCACAAAAUCGGAGAUGAUGUGAAACUGGAGUUCAAGAAAAGGACGCCGUACAACUAUUUGCAAGUCGCCUACUUUAAGAUCAACAAGCUGGACAAGGCCGUGGCGGCAGCACACACCUUCUUCCUUGCCAACCCAGACCACGUGGAGAUGAAGCAGAACCUGGACUACUACAAGAUGAUGGCGGGGGUCCGAGAGGAGGACUUCAAGGACCUGGAAGCCAGGCCGCAUAUGGCGGAGUUCCUGCUGGGAAAGCGUUACUAUAGCGACGACUCGUUUGGCCUAGCAGCGGAGCACUUUGAGGUUGCGGUGCAGGAGUACUUCCAGGCCGACCGGGAGUGCAGGGUCCUGUGCGAGGGGUCCUACGACUACGACGGCUAUAACUACAUGGACUACAGCGCGGACCUCUUCCAGUCCAUGACGGACCACUACAUGCAGGUGCUGAGCUGUAAGCAGCGGUGCUCGGUAGAGCUAGCCACCACCGCUGGCCUCCCUAAGCCCUUCGAGGACUUCCUGCCUGCACACUUCAACUACUUGCAGUUCUCCUACUACAACAGUGAGAAGUACGAGAAGGCCAUAGAGUGUGCCAAGACCUUCCUCAUGUUCCACCCGGAGGACGAGGUCAUGACCCAGAACCUGGCCUACUACUCUGCUGUCCUGGGGGACGAUGUGGCCCUCACCCUUACCCCCAGACAGGUGGUGAAGCAGCACAUGCAGCAGUCCCUGCUGGAGAAAGAGCUGCUCUACUACGGCUAUGAUGUCUUUGGCCUCGCCUUCGUGGAUCCGGACACAUGGACGCCAGCGGAAAUCAUGCCUCAGAAGCUCAGAGAAAAGCAGAAGACAGAGAGGGAGACGGCAGCUCGGAUCACAGAGGAGAUUGGAAACCUCAUGAAGGAGAUUGAGAACCUGGUGGAGGAGAAGAACAAAGACUCAUCAGACAUCAACAAGAUGCCUUCCAUCCCUGAAGGGGGCCCUGUGCUCUACCAGGACAUCCAGGUCUCCAUGACCUCCAAGCAGCUGAACGGUUCCCAGCGGGUGCUGCUUGACGGGGUGAUCAGUGACGACGAGUGUCGAGAGCUCCACCGCCUCUCCAACUCAGCAGCUCAGAGAGGCGACGGCUACAGGGGCCGCCCAUCACCCCACUCACCCAACGAGUUGUUCCAGGGAGUCACCGUCCUCAGAGCUGUCAAGUUGGCGCAGGAAGGCAAGGUGCCCCUGAAGAGCGCUCGGCUGUUCUUCGACAUGAGCGAAAAGGUGCGGAAGGUUCUGGAGUCCUACUUCCGCCUGGAAACACCCCUCUACUUCUCAUACUCCCACCUGGUCUGCCGAUCGGCCGUGGAAGAGACCCAGGAGGAUCGCACGGACCCCAGCCACGCUGUGCACGUGGACAACUGUGUGCUCGUAUCAGAGAGCAACGAGUGUAUCAAAGAGCCACCGGCAUACACACACAGAGACUACAGUGCCAUUUUAUAUCUAAAUGACGACUUCGAAGGAGGGGAUUUCAUCUUCACCAUGUUGGACGGUAAAACGGUCACGGCCGAGGUGCGCCCCCGCUGCGGUCGUGUGGUGGGCUUCGGCUCAGGGAAGGAGAACCCUCACGGCGUGAGGGCCGUCACCAGGGGCCAACGCUGUGCUGUGGCACUUUGGUUCACCCUGGACCCCGUCCACGACGAGAAGGAGCGUAUCCAAGCCCAGGACAUGCUGACCAUGUUCUCCAUGCCCGUCGACCACGCGUUCACUGGUACUGGGGCCGAGGAGCUCAAGGCCACGCCCCCCACUGAGGCUUCUCCCCCUAAGGACCCUGAGCCAAUGGCAGCAGAGCCCACUGAUCCUCCCCGAGACCUGCCCAUGGAUACUCCAAAAGACAUGCCCCAAGACCCGCCCAUGGACACACCCAAAGACCUGCCCAUGGACACUCCAAAAUACAUGCCCCAAGACACGCCCAUGGACACGCCCACAGAGGAGAAGGAGGAGCUUAUGAUAUUGCCUGAUGCACAGGUUGAGAAACCAGCAGAUACACAGAAGGAAAAGGCAGACGAGGAAGCAGCCAGCCAUGAAAAAGAAAGCAAAGUCAAAACUGUGCACAAAACAAAACCCAAAGCCGGAAACAAGGCGAAAGCCAAGACCGGAAACAAAGUCAAAGACCAAUCCAGGACCAAGGUGGAAGCUAAGAAACAGCCUGCCAAAACAAAAGACAAGCAGGCCACCACAAAAGGAUCUAAGGCACCUGUGAAAAAGACGACAAAAUCUAGCACCAAAGAUCAAUCUAAAAAGUCAGUUGAUGAUGAAUCCGAGAAAGAUAAGGAUGAACUGUGAUCAAAAUGGCACUGUAAUAUUUGUAUUUGUAUUUUUUAUUUAGUUAAAAUGUAUUUAAAAUUUUACAAAAUGUAUUAAUAUGGGAAGGCAAAGUUACAAUAUUGUAGUGUUAUAAAAGCCGUUGUUUUUGGAUACAUUUUAAACCCGAACCAUGUUGAAAUACAAAGGACUGCUGUGUUGUUACUGAAUUAAAUCCAAUGAACUAAUUGAUAGUUAAUGUGAGAGAAUUGCCUCGACUGAAUAUAUUACAUAAAAGUAUUUUUUGUGUCUGAGGCCAAUGAAAAAGACACCUUCAAAGCUGACUUGAUUAAGGAAAGUGAGUUUUCAACAGCCUUUUCGUGAAAGUAUACCGAAAUAAACACCGAAGUGCCACACAAAGCGACAAUAAAUCUACUAUAUAUAGCCACGAUUAAACAUAAGUAAAUAGGCCAACAGCUGUUGGUUUUUGUUUAUAAACAGGACAAAACGUACGCAAAGCACGCAGAAAAGACUGAUGCAUUUCUACAAAACACCUGGUAUAGGCUUAAAUAACCAUAUCCAUGCUUGUUUAAUACUUAACCCAGCCGAUAGGGGGUAGUAUAGAAGCAUUUUAAUUUCUUGCGCCACAUUUGAUUGACUAUUUUAGUGGAUAUGGGGCCUGCAUGUUACUAUGUGCAGCCUGAGAUACUGUGGCAUAAACCUUAUAAUCUAACCAAGGUUAAUUCUAUCUAAUUCAAACUGACAUUUUACCCUUAAUCAGCUGUGAAGAUUAAAACGCUUGCAAAUUCACAUUUGAGACCGUUAAAGGCACCCAGUGCAACUUUAUGUAAACAUUCAAUGAAAAAUAAACAUUCAAUUUCUAGUCUUUUUUACACGUAGUAAGUUUCAAUAACUCCAUACCAUUACAUAUCGACAUUCAAGGAGCAAAGAUGAGACGUCGUUGUGUGGUGAGAACUGAUAGAAAAUCGUAAACAACAACAAUCGCCGGUGGGGAGAAGCCAUUUUUCCAUUGACUGGAAGCCUGCUUUAUUUAUUGUAGGUUACAAAAAAUAAAGUAUGGAGUUAUUGAAACUUACUACGUGUAAAAAAGACUAGAAAUGUAAUGUUUAUUUUUAAGCCUCGAAAGAUGCACUGGGUGCCUUUAAGGUCUCAAAUGUUCAAAUUUAUUCUACCUUCUUUUGUGACAUAAUUUCGAAUCUGGGAUUAAUAUUAUCUUCUAUCCAUAUUUCUAUCUUUUUCCGUUAUCUUAUUUGUAUCCAAUUGCUGUUAAUUGCAACAUUGUGCCAAAUGCCCACAGAUUCCCCUGAGACUAAAUUGUGGGUAACCUGCAAAGAUGUUCGCGGUUAUUCUUACAGAAAGUAAAAUAUGUGUGCU